AUGUUCUAUGGCCUUCCAAUUAAAGAAUGUCGGUGUAUAGCUUUUGAGAUAGCAACCAUUAAUAAAGUUAGUAUUCCACAGAAGUGGCACAAAGACUCAAUGGCAGGUAUUGGUUGGAUGAAUAAUUUUAGAAAACGACAUCCAGAUUUGUCUCUUAGAACACCUGAAGAAUUUUCUCUCUCAAGGGCAACAUCAUUUAAUGCCCAUAAUGUAAAUAUAUUUUUUGAUAAAUUAAAAAAACUUUUUGCUAGAUCACCAACAUUUGCAAAUGGAACUCGGAUUUUUAACCUUGAUGAAACUGGAACUAUUACCGUGCAGAACCCACAAAAGGUUAUUGCAAAGAAAGAUGUGAAAAGUGUCUGCAAAGUCACAAGUGCUGAAAGAGGAACCCUUGUCACAACAUGUAUAAUAAUCAGUGCUCCUGGACAAUAUCAUCCACCAGUAAUUAUUUUUCCAAGAGUGCAUUUCAAGGAGCAUAUGUUGUUAGGAGCUCCUUCUGGAUCUCUCGGACUCGCAUGUAAAACAGGCUGGAUGAAUGGUGAACUUUUUUUAGACGUUAUGAAUCACUUUAUCAAGUUCUCGUCAAGUACAAAAGAAAAUCCAUCAUUAUUAAUAUAUGACAAUUUUGAAGCGCACUUAUCUAUAGCAGUGAUAAAUUUAACAAAGGAGCAUGGAGUGAACAUUUUGACAUUACUGUCUCAUUCCACGCAUAAGCUACAACCACUUGAUGUGGGAGUUAUGGGGCCAUUUAAAACUGCAUAUAAUGCAGCAGUUGAUUCCUGGAUGCUUUACAAUCCUGGAAGAACAUUUACAAUUUACCAAGUGGCUGCAUCUGUAGGGCUUGCUUUUCUGAAAGCCAUAACACCAUCUAACAUUGUAGCUGCUUUUAAAAAGACAGGAAUAUUUCCUUUUGACAGGAACGUGUUUACAGAUAUUGAUUUCAUGUGCAGACAGAACUUUUGA